AGUGGAGUAGCCGUUUUGAUCUAUCCAAGAUGGCGCCUAUGAGCAUGCGCAAACGGUAGUGACGCAGAUCAGGCAAGCGACGCAGGUCGUGCAGUGGCUGCGUAGGCUGUAGGAUGCAGCCAUUUGAAUGGGCAACUACUUCACCAGUAUCAGCUGUUAGCAUUCAGCUAGAGCUAGUUUGGCGUAUGCUAGCACAAUUCAGUGUUCGUCGUUCAUCGUCCCUGGUGUUUAGCUAUAGUUCUUUGCUGCGAAUGAGAGGAGAAGUGUCAUUGAAUAGAUCGUGACAGAUUUACAGAUGGAGAGACAAUUGCAUUUGAACCUGUUAGCCUCCAGACCCCCUAUAGCAGGUGGUUUACAGUCCAGCUCUAAGAUGAAAAUGGGACCUGGACGAAAAAGAGACUUCAGCCCCCUGCCCUGGAGCCAUUACUUUGAAACCAUGGAAGAUGUGGAGGUGGAAAACGAGAAUGGGAAGGAUAUUUUCAGACUCUACUGCAGUGGCUCCAGUGGUCCUGUGCUGCUCCUUCUCCAUGGAGGAGGCCACUCUGCACUCUCCUGGGCGGUCUUCACUUCUGUCAUAUGCAGUCGGAUCAAUUGCAGGGUGGUGGCUAUGGACCUUCGAGCUCAUGGUGACACUGAAGUGAAACAACCAGAAGAUCUCUCUGCAAACAUGAUGGCAAAGGAUGUUGGCAAAGUUGUGGAGUUGCUCUACGGGGACAACCCUCCACCAAUCAUGAUUAUCGGACACAGCAUGGGUGGAGCCAUUGCCGUCCACACAGCCGCUGCCAAUCACAUACCCUCCCUGCUAGGCCUCUGUGUCAUUGAUGUUGUUGAAGGUACAGCAAUGGAUGCUUUGAACAGUAUGCAGAAUUUUCUCAGAUGUCGUCCGAAAACAUUUAAAUCUUUGGAGAACGCCAUUGAGUGGAGCGUGAAGAGUGGCCAGAUUCGAAAUAUAGAGUCAGCGAGGGUGUCAAUGGGAGGCCAAGUGAAAAAAUGUGAGGAGUCCUGUAGCAGCCCAGGAGUCUCGGAUUCAAUCGGCGAAGCUGUAAUUGAAGAGGAAGCUGAUGAAGAAGAAGAAGAGUCGUCCAAUAAGAAACGAAUGAAGGAGGAUGACCAGGAGGUUAAAAAGGAAAGCGUGUUUACUUGGCGAGUGGAGCUGUCCAAGACGGAGAAAUACUGGGAUGGCUGGUUCAGAGGCCUCUCCUCACUCUUUCUCACCUGCCCUGUUCCAAAACUGCUUCUGCUUGCAGGAGUGGACAGACUUGACAAAGACCUUACUAUUGGGCAGAUGCAAGGGAAGUUUCAGAUGCAGGUCUUGCCUCAGUGUGGUCACGCUGUCCACGAGGAUGCGCCUGAAAAAGUAGCAGAUGCCCUUGCAACAUUUAUGGUGCGACACAAAUUCACAGAGUUCAAAGAAGGUAUUUUGUGCUAGUGUCCAGUUUUCAGUUGAAAUGUGUCCAGCCGACGACAUGACUCGACAUCAUCCAACAGUCUCACAUAAACCUAAUUUAUUAUUGAUACAAGGUCAUUGUUGCCAUUCAGUUGAUGUAGAUAUUUUGCCUUUUGCCAUGGUCUUAUUUAAAUAUUCAAACAAGGAUUAUGUUCACCAUUUCCUUUUUACAAUAUUUAUAUAUAUAUUUGAAUUUCCAAAUUGUUCAUUUCUUCUUUUAAUCACGUUUCAUUUAGAGAUUUUGAAAUCAUUGUAAAUGUGCCUGCAAUGCUAACAUUAGAGCAGUAAUAAAAGGAGAAUAACAAACACCUGUCA